CUGUUGAAAGAAGAAGCAGAGGAUCCUGAUAUCCAGUGGAGGCAUGGCGGCCCCCCCAUUUUCGACACCGUCAACAAGCUCUUCGAACAAGGCCGCACCAAUGCCUGGGCAGAAGGGUCGCUGGAAGAGGCGGUCCAGAAUGCUGUCAAGACAUGGGAAAUGGAGCUCUCUCACAAGACUCGCUUGCUCGAGUUACGAAACGUCUCACGACGCGUUUCGAUCGGCCUUCCCACGAGGGUUUGCGUGGGAGGGGAGAUGGUGCAGUUCUUCGGCAUUGGCGUCAUGAAGGUUGAUGAAUCAAUGAGGGCAGAAGAUGUGGAGAUCUACUUUGACCCACCACAGUUGUUUGGAGGCCUACUCAAAGGUGCUGCUACUGAUCAAUCUGAUCCCCAAGUUGAUCAGUCACUAGAUGAGAAUCGUGAGCAGAAGAAGUCCCAUGGAGUUUCUUCAACCUCUGGCCAUCUUUCGUUGGGAGUUGGCAGAGAUGAAUCGAUGGCGGAGGGCGGCCGGGGGGUGGGUGGGUUUGGAAUGGCGGUGGAAGAGGGAGCCUGGGAGGAGGGGCGGAGAUGGGAGGAAGUUGAGGGGGUGGGUGGAAUGGUCGUGGAAGAGGGAGGAGGGGUGGAGGUGGGUGGAAUGGCAGUGGAAGAGGGAUGA